AUGCAAAAGUCAUCACUUUUCGUCCUUUUUCUCUGUGUAGUCUCAACACUGGCAGACUGUCCAGCCGCCUGGAAGACAAUUCUGAAUGCUCAACGAGAGGAGAGCACUUCGAAUGGUUGUGAAGCGGAUUGGAAGUUCUUCAAGAGACCUUCUGGAGGAUGGUGUAUGAGAGUGUUCCCUGGAUAUUAUGAAGCUCAGGCAGACGCUGAGAAGGCUUGCAAAACUGUUGACGCCACACUUUCAGGGCUCCAGAAUAAAAAUGAAGGAAUCUACAUUCAAUCCGCUAUUCUCGCCCAAGUACCACAGACUAGUGGCUCCUUGUGGACUGGACUUCAGAGAACCAAAAAGUGUAUGGGACAAAAGCUCACUGCCACUUGUAACAAUUUGACAUCCUUCGAGUGGACUGACAAUGCAACCACUGGAACUGAAGGAUUCCUCUUCCAAGAUGCACAACCGGAUAACAAAAACCUGGACCAAAACUGCGCUCUAUUCCUUGCCUCAAAAGCAGCUUCCAUUGUUGCCAGAGGUACAUAUUUUGCAGGAACUUACGAAGAUGUGAACUGUGUCACCGGAUUCAAUUCAGAAAAUAUUGCACGUAAAACUUUCGGAUAUGUCUGUGGAAAGAAGGCCAGUACUGAAUAA